AGGUUUAAAAAAUCGAUAUUUAAAAAUAAACUCGCAUUAUAAGAAAUUUUUAAAAAUUGAGAAAUACACGAUGUUCUUUUGAUAAAAAAUAUAAACGAAAUUCUUUCAGCGCUGUACGAAUUCUUCGUGUAUCUUUUAAACAGUUCCCAUACACAACUAAUCGUUUUUAAAAAGCUGCUUUACUUCUUGAACGGUAGCAAAGUAUGGCGACUGAAAAAGUGUUUUUCAUUAAAUUCUAUUCACAAAUAAAACAUUGUGCAAUUGGUCCUCGACGUAAAAAAAAAAAUCACCUCGCCUUUCAUGGGAACAACCGGAAAUUUUCCCCAUUGACAGUCAGUAACAGUCUUUAACUGUAUAAAUAAUAGAUUACAGUCCACUUACAAACACCUGUGUUAUUUAAUCAAGAAUAAUCAGGUGUGUUUAAAAACUCUCAAUGAUUUUGCAUGUUGUGUUGCAUUAUUAAAACAAGGAAAUGUAUUAGUUCUCGGUAUGCAGCGUUGAAGUUCUGUCGCCAAGUUCUACCAGCAUGGUGUUUGUAGUGAACAGUGUGGAAUAUUCCCCCAAAGAUUUUCACGAACAGUUUUCCAAUUACUUGCCGAGGCUUAUACAGGUUACAAAAGGUUACUAUGGCGAGGACCAGAUCAAGACGUACGAAAGGGGACAGGUCCUUUUUUUACGACGAGCAGGAUCUCAGGAGCGCGUAGUCGCCAGCGUACUGCAUGGCCCCCUCUCUCUGACCCACAGACUCCUCAGUAUACCAUUGGACUACAAUGCACAAUUCUGCUUUGUGUCGGCUAAAAAAGGAAACAAAAAAUACAGUUUGCGUCAGGUACUGUCUAAACGAAGGCUUCCAAUUGACGUUAUUUUCAUUCCGGAAAUGACGUCAAAUGACUCGGAAUCGUUUACACCAAUGAGAUUGAUAAACAGUGAUGACAAGCUGGUGCUGAGACUGACACACAUGUACCAGGAUACCUUUCUUCUAGGUCACAACUUGUCAGAAGAUAAAGUAACCUCCGCCAUUAAACUGAUUCCAUUGUUCCCGACAGACCUUCGCAUGUCUCUGAUUGUUGGUAGAGAGGGUUAUGAACAAACGGAAUGGAGCAAUUACAUCCACUCCUUAAACGAAAUUUGCAACAACCAGAUACACUGUGAUAAUUACUUUGGCAAUCCAGAUGUAGCCCUCUACACUAAAGAGGAUGGAGGUUUUGAUGCCACAGUUCAAGUACCUCAAGUUUAUUGGACGUUACAUGAUUGUCUCAAUGAAACAAAUGUGUACCAAACGCUUACUGGGUCAAAAUUAGAAAAACGUCGCCCAGAUGAGAACUCUGACACGUAUGAAGUGAUAUCUUCAUGUACUAGAGAACAGGCGCCAUCUUGUUCUGAGGAUACAAAACCAAAAAUCCCACCUAAGCCUCGGCACAAGUCUAAAUCUAUGCAUCGGUCAAGAUCUGCUGAUGAUUCAGCUAAAAGUGGAGGCGCCGUUCCCGGCAUCCCCCCAAGAAGAGGAACUUGCGUCACUCGAACAAAUAAGGUGAAAGGUCAAACAUCCUUAUUGGGACCUUUUAAGAAACACAAUGACACUGGUAAAACAUCUUCAGAGUUGAAAGACGUAUAUGAAGACAUUAGUGAAACUUCGAGAGAUAACAUGUCCUCUCCGAGUAGACUGUUUAGCCAAUCUUCGUUUUCUGCCAAAACUGACCCUGAGGACGUAAACGCCCCCGUGCUACCCGCGAGGAAUAUUAACCCUAGAGGUAAAAACAUACCACAUAAACCAGCAAUCCUCGAUGUGAAGAAAGACUUGCAAAAAAUGAAUGUUGCGGAUAUAGGUGCUCUGUUGAAGAAACUGAGACUUGAAAAAUACGCUUCUGUUUUUGAAAAACAGUGGAUCGACGGUGCUAUUUUGAGCGAACUGACUGCCGACAUUCUUCACACGGAUUGUAAAAUGACAAAAUUGGAGGCUGUGAGAUUAAUGACCUACGUGGAGAAAGGUCAUAUACCUGGUUAGAAUACCUGUUCUAUGACGUAAAAUAACAGGUUUACAGUUCCAGAAGAAUUUCGUGGAUUGCAUUUUAAAUUUUCUUUAAAACUACAGCGUGAUAAAACACAUGCGCUCAUUACAUAAUCUUGAGGUGGGGUAACCAAGAUGGGAACUAAAGAUAUUCAACAGUCCAUGGCAAUUCUUUGUCCUCUUGAGAAUAAAAUUAUUCUUCUUACUCGUCUUCUUUAACAAGAAUAAAACAUUUAGUCACGUAAAAAAUUAUCCAACAAAUCAAGGAAUAAAAGAACUUGAGGAAAAUAUAUGACAUACAUGUUUAAAGUGUCUUAUAAAGAUUAAAUCAAGAACUUUAUAUACCGAUCCACUGAUUGUACCCCCCAUAAACAUGAAUAUACUACAUGCACAGUGUAGGAACGGAAGUGUACAGUUUUAAGUAGCGCUGUUUGACGAAGCGAAUUAAUAAAUAGAGGAGGUACCUUUG